AUGUGCAGUGGUAAUUUGAGAUGGCUGCCAAAGAGCGGUUACGUUUCUAGAGGGCUCAGAUUACUCUUCAUCGUAGGAAUAUAUGUAACAUGGUUCUCUGAUGGUACCCGGCCGCUAAGACACCUCGUGUUGAGGAUAGAAAUACAUCACAAGGAACCAAGUUCCCUCACGACGCUAUGCAAGGGAAUAUCUGGACUGAUAGGUUCUAAAAAGGUAAAUUUUAUCGAAAUUAAUCAAAAAUAA